AGCCGGGCGUCUAAGGGCUGGGUGGCGGCGUGAGGGCCGGUCGGCCGGGGCUGCCCGCCCUCCUUUUUUCCUCCACCUCCCUCCUCCCUCCUCCUCCUCCUUUCCUCUUUCCCAUCCCCGCUUCCCCGCCAGGAUCAGCCGCGGCCGCGCAAGGGAGCUGGGCAACCAUGUCGGGGCAGAGCCUGACCGAUCGCAUCACGGCGGCGCAGCACAGCGUGACGGGCUCGGCCGUCUCGAAGACCGUCUGUAAGGCCACCACGCACGAGGUGAUGGGCCCCAAGAAGAAGCACCUCGACUAUUUAAUCCUGUGUACAAAUGACAUGAACGUAAACAUCCCACAGUUGGCAGACAGCCUAUUCGAAAGGACAACCAACAGUAGCUGGGUAGUAGUCUUCAAAUCUCUCAUCACAACUCACCAUCUCAUGGUUCAUGGAAAUGAGCGUUUUACCCAGUACCUGGCUUCCAGAAACACAUUGUUUAACUUGAGCAAUUUCUUGGACAAAAGUGGUUUGCAAGGAUAUGAUAUGUCCACAUUUAUCAGGAGAUAUAGCAGAUAUUUGAAUGAGAAGGCAGUUUCCUACAGACAAGUAGCUUUUGACUUUACAAAAGUAAAAAGAGGAGCUGAUGGAGUCAUGAGGACAAUGAAUACUGAAAAACUGAUAAAAACUGUACCAAUUAUUCAAAACCAGAUGGAUGCACUGCUUGAUUUCAACGUCAACAGCAAUGAACUCACAAAUGGUGUAAUUAAUGCAGCCUUUAUGCUCCUUUUCAAAGAUACCAUUAGACUUUUUGCAGCAUAUAAUGAAGGGAUAAUUAAUUUGCUGGAAAAAUACUUUGACAUGAAAAAGAAUCAAUGCAAGGAAGCCCUUGACAUAUAUAAGAAGUUUCUGACUAGAAUGGCAAGAAUUUCUGAGUUUCUCAAAGUUGCGGAGCAAGUGGGGAUAGACAGAGGAGAUAUACCAGAUCUUUCUCAGGCACCAAGUAGUCUUCUGGAUGCUUUAGAACAGCACCUCGCCUCCUUGGAAGGAAAGAAAAUAAAAGAUUCUACCGCUGCUAGCAGGGCUACCACGCUUUCCAAUGCUGUUUCUUCCCUUGCAAGUACUGGCCUCUCUCUCACCAAAGUCGAUGAAAGGGAAAAACAAGCUGCACUAGAGGAAGAACAGGCCCGUUUAAAAACUCUGAAGGAACAGCGUCUAAAAGAGCUUGCAAAGAAACCCCACUCGUCUUUAACCACAGCCUCUUCCCCUGUGUCUAAUGCUGCAGGAAGUAUAAUGACCACCCCAGCUAUCGAUAUUUUUUCCACACCCAGCUCUUCAAACAGUUCAUCAAAGCUGCCAAAUGACUUGCUUGAUUUACAGCCAGCUUUUCACCCAGGUGUGCAUCCGAUAUGCUCUGCACCACAAGUGGGAGGGACCUGGGGAGAUCCUUUUGCGUCCACUCCCGAUGCCGUCGACGAUGCCAUUCCAAACUUAAAUCCUUUCCUCACCAAAUCUAGCGAUCACCUCUCUGUCUCCUCUGAUGUACUCUCUUCUUUCACUUCUAGGACGCCAACUCAUGAGAUGUUUGUUGGGUUUACAUCAUCUCCUGUUGCCCCAUCGCAGCCAUCAGCCGGCCUUAAUGUGGACUUUGAGUCUGUGUUUGGAAACAAAAGUUCAAAUGCAUUAGUGGAUUCUGGUGGCUUUGAUGAAUUAGGUGGACUCCUAAAACCAACAGUGGCUUUUCAGAACCAGAAUCUUCCAACUUGCAAAGCGCCACCCAAUAAGUUAGUAUUAGAUGACUUGGAUUCAUCUCUAGCCAACCUCGUAGGCAAUUUGGGCAUUGGAAAUGGGACAGCAAAAAAUGAUGUAAACUGGACCCAGCCAGGAGAAAAGAAACUAACAGGCGGUUCCAACUGGCAACCUAAAAUUGCACCCACCACUGCUUGGAAUGCUCCAACCAUGAAUGGCAUGCAUUUUCCACAAUACGCACCCCCUGUCAUGGCCUACCCCGCUACAACGCCAACAGGAAUGAUGGGAUAUGGAAUGCCAUCCCAAAUGGGAGGAGUACCAGUAAUGACACAGCCAACUUUAAUAUACAGCCAACCUGUCAUGAGACCUCCAAAUCCUUUUGGUCCUAUAUCAGGAGCACAGUUGUCUGCUGCCUCCAGCCCAUCCACUACUCAGAGUCCACACAGACCUUCAGGAAAGGACCCCUUUGCAGAGGUCUCCCUGCAGGAUUUCUUGUAGGAUCCUUUAGGUAUUGCAUGUUCAUUUUGGGGAGGGUGGGAGGGCGUUGGCCACCUGGGAACAACCUCUUUCGGCGUCCCAGAGAGCCACUCCCUGCCACAAUUGCAUCGAAAUAUCGUUCAUGUUGGCGAGGUCUGUGCAGAAUUGCACGUUUGAAUGCUUUGAUUGGAUGAGCAAACUUUCCCUGAUGGAGCAAAAUUUUAGCAUCGCCACUAAAACUCUGAAAACAAUGUUACGUUGGUUGAAACUAAUGAAAUACGCACGUUUGUAUGCUGGAUGUGGAGAGACAUCUGAAUCAGAUCAGCACCUGGUCUCUUGAGGUGCCUCUUUUGCUACGUCUCCAGGUGUGAUAAGUGAGCCACGUGUCCCACAGAUCUGAAUCUCUCCAGUUGUGUGCGUUGAGCUACACGGAGAUCGUAAAUGGCUGGAUUCAAGUAUUAAUGUCAUUCUUCAAGUAUUAAAUCUUUUUCUUGUGUUAUUGGGAUCCCAGAAGAACAUUUUGGUUUUUUUUGUUUACCCUUCCCUCACAAUUUUGGAUUUGCUUUGCGUUACAUUUUUGGUCUAAAGUCUCUUGACCAUCAACCAUGGCCUUUGAAAGAAAAUUACUAUUUUUAAAAAUCCAGUUUGUGUUGUAGUUGCCAUAAAGCCAUUUUACAGUCGACCUCUCUAGUGCUUUGAUAAGUUGCCCCAUUUUGCCUGCAAUUCCAUUUUUGCAUCUAUCAAAGUUGCCACCCGUAUUUUAAAUCCCAUAUUGGGCUGAAGCGUGGCAUAAAUACAGCUGUCACAGCUAUGCCACAUCCUCCAUCUUUGUUGAAUGGAAACCAUUUGUGUGACUUAGGGCAGUUCUCCCUAAUAAUUUAUCCUUCAUUGAAGAGUGAUGUUGGAGGGGUAGGAUGGCCUAGAGGUGAAG